AACGGCAAUUUGUUGUGUGAAAGCAGUCUCACCUGAAGACUCUUCUACUUCUUCUUGUUGAGACAGAGGACGGACUUCAGUUCAGCAGCUCGAGGUGAUUUCAUUUCAUCUGCAGACAUUUAACAAACAACAUCAUCGUCAUCAUAUCUGAGAAGAAUCGUGAACAGGUGACCAUCAUCAGCUCCUCCACAGAGAAAGAAGAUGUCCCCCUCAGCGUCUCUGUCCCUGUUCGCUGUCCUCUGCGUGUGCGGUGUGCAACAGUGCCUGUGCUUCCCUAACGGCUCAGUGGCGUACUCCUGUGCCCACAUGAUGCCAGGACACCCGCCCUACAAACCCUCCAACAGCAACCCUCCGUUCACUGUGUCCACCUCCAGGGACACCUACAGGCCAGGGGGAGUCAUUGCAGUGACGUUGGAGGUGAACAACAGCAGCUCCUCCUACUUCGAGGGUUUUCUGUUACAAGCGAGAAGCAAUGACGAAGACGCUCUGCUGUGGCCUGUGGGAAAGUUCACCAACAUCAACACCACCAUGUUCACUGCACUGCACUGUAAAAACAUCAAGAACUCCACUGUCAGUCAGGCAACGGGAGACAGGAAGAAGAAGGUGGAGCUGACCUGGGAGGCUCCUAGCAACAGUAACCAUGGAGACAUUUACUUCAGUGCCACUCUGGUCCAGGACUACAGAACAUUCUGGGUUCAGCUGAACAGCAGCUCCGUGAGACGAGACACCAGCUCUGCCACUGGAGUCGUCUCCUCUUCAGUUUUUCUCUUCAUCAGCCUGCUGAUUCUCAUAGCCUUCAGCUGACAGACACAGACACACACACACACACACACACUCUUCAAAUGUUUUUUUAAGAUGGUGUAGUUACAUUAAACUAAAAUAUUGGACUAUAUCACAAACCUGCGAAAGAAAUGAAACUGCAAACAUAUGUCCAUUUUUCUUGUCCCUGCUUGCAGCCAUGUUUUAGUGCCAAUGAUGUGUUGGUACCUCAUAA